AUGGCGACAGUCAGUGUGAUCGCAUUCAGCUUUCUGCUCUCCACAGCUCUUUCUGCGCCUCUGAACGCUAAUGAGGACUCCAUGACCUUGUUCUACGGGGAGGAUUUCCACAUCAUGCUGCCCUCACUCGCGUUGGAGGUCAUGUUUUGGAACAGGACGACUCCGCGGAUGGCCGAUGUGUUCCUGAUGCGUGGCGGCAUCGUGGUCAACAGUCGGGCCAAACUCAACCGCCACCUCAGCCACCUCAUUAUAGAUGCUGUGGGUGAGGGAGACGAGGGCGUGUACACCGUGAAGAAUCCAGAGAAGCCAGAGGACACCAGACGCAUUACGCUUAUUGUCCGAGAUUGUUCCAACGAGCAGAUCAUUAAAUAUGGAGACAACUACCAUGUCCCGCUGUUAGGGGUGACUCCUCCCAUCACCCUGGAGUACAGGCCCAGUGCUGUGGAGGCCAACCUGACAUCUAGACCUGCUCUGGUGCUGCUCACCAGCACAGGGAUGUCCAGGGACGGCUACCAGGGCCGAAUCAGCGUCAAUGAGCGCCACGUCACCCUCAGGGCUGUCACAGGUGCAGAUGAAGGUAGCUACACUGUCAGAGACGCUGAAGGCAAUAUCCAAAGAAAAGAGUGUCUCAACGUCAGAGAGCACCAACACUUUGAGACCUUGCCAUUCGGUAAAAGACUGAAGAUCAACCUGAUACUCAACAGCUCCUUGGUCCAUCUCUACUACAGCCCGGAUAAUGACCCCACACCCCGUCUGCUGCUGGACAAGGGGGAAUUUACCACUGCCCAAACAGAGCUGGGUCUUGAGGACCGUCUCUCUUCGGAGGGUUCAUGGGUUUAUCUGGAUCAGAUCAAGGGUACAGAUGCGGGCCAGUUCAAAAUUACUGACAUACUGGGAUUUACUGUGUCCAGCAUCUACCUGGAAAUACAACCCUACAAGCUGGAGUCACUGUAUGUGACCAUCAUUUCCCUGUUGGGUCUGCUGGUCUUCCUCCUGCUGGUUUGUCUGCUGUCCUGCCUGAUCAAAGUGAAGAAGAGGGCCAAGAGGGCUGCUGCCUUGAAGAAGAUCGCCAAUAAUUCUGGCAAAGAGGAUGAAGGAGAGGCCUUCCGACAGGUGGUCAAGAACAUCACCAAACUCAGUGAGGAGUCCAAGCACUCCCAGGCAGACAAUACAGAGAAAUCUCAGAGCACUGAGGUGGAUAUUAAAGGUCUGGAGGUUUCCUCUAAAGAGGUUGGCGUCGGUAACCUAGACACCAGUGACUCUGGCGUCGGCUUCAACACCGCCCUCCCUCUAGACACUGACACUGAUGCCCCUGAUCAAAACCUUGACUCUGUGGCCGUAAGCAUCUCAGUUGACUCUGAACCCAAACCAAGUCCACAGUCUGCCACUGCUGAGUCCAAGCCAAGCGCUCCUCCAGCUGCGGAAAUUAAGUCCAGUCCAGUAGCUCAAACUAAAGCCUACCCUGCACCUGAGACCAAGAAAACCCCUGAUCAGCCAGUGGAAGCACAGUUGGACGUGCCCAAACCAGCAGAUGUUAAGCUCAGCCCAGCCUCGAGCCCUGAGCCCAAGGCUGGUCUGAGUCCAGCUGAUCCAAAGCCUGUACCCAUCCCAAGCCCAGAGCCUAAACCAGCUACUCCUAAAGCCACCACUCCCACACCAGAAAGUAAGAGUGCUCUGACACCCAAAGCUGAGCCCCCGAAACCAACCACUCCAGAGCCUAUCACCAACGGUACACCUGAGCCAGGCCCGGAUUCCAAAUCAAGCCCAGAUCACGCUGAUGUUAUCGGAGCUCCAAAAGUAGCUCCCCCGAAGACCCCUGAAGUAGAGCAGAAAUCCAGUGGUGCUGCGCUGGAGGCGAGCAAAGACGACACCGUGGCUGAGGAUUCAACCACCACCACUUGA